AUUUUAAUGGUUAUUGGUUAAGGCCUGUAGUAGUAACCAACUAACCAUUACCUGAACGGUGCCCCAGUUUUUCUCAACACCAAACACUGCACUUUCUCUGUCUAUAGUCAUGGCCGCGUGCUCAAGCUCAAGCUUUUCUCCUCAGAAGUUAAUUCCAUUGAAAGCCAAACCCAUUGCUUCUGUUCUCGUUAAAUCGAGAUUUUCGGUUCAUGUUAAAGCCUUUUCUUCUCAAAUCUCAAGUUCACCUCAAAAGGUGUUGACUGCUGUGCUGGUUUUGCAUUAUCAGAUGAGAUUCCAGCUCGCAUUGGCUUUCUGGGUCUCGGAAUUAUGGGAUCUCCAAUGGCACAAAAUCUCAUUAAAGCAGGAGUCCUCAAUGGGGAAUAAUAUCCUACUGGCAAUGCGUAAAAACUUCGAUGGCGAUUUUAACUUUAGGAAAUGUGAUGUUACUGUUUGGAAUAGGACCAAAAGCAAAUGUGAUCCCCUUAUCUCCUUGGGUGCAAAGUAUAAAUCCUCACCUGAGGAAGUAGCUGCCUCUUGUGAUGUCACAUUUGCGAUGCUUGCAGAUCCUGAAAGUGCAGUUGACGUCGCAUUUGGAAAGAAUGGAGCUGCAGGUGGUAUGAGCUCGGGAAAAGGUUAUGUAGAUGUCUCUACUGUUGAUGGAGCCACUUCCAAAUUGAUCAGCUCACAUAUCAAAUCAACCGGAGCACUUUUUCUGGAGGCUCCAGUUUCAGGUUCCAAAAAGCCAGCUGAAGAUGGGCAGUUAAUUUUUCUCACCGCUGGUGAUAAAUCUCUCUAUGAUAUUUGUGGCCCACUUUUAGACAUCAUGGGAAAGUCGAGAUUUUACCUUGGAGAUGUUGGCAAUGGAGCUGCAAUGAAACUCGUAGUUAAUAUGAUUAUGGGAAGUAUGAUGGCAUCGUUUUCCGAAGGGUUGCUACUUAGUGAGAAAGUAGGUCUUGAUCCCAGUGUUCUUGUUGAGUUUAAAAGAAUUAUUGACCAAGAUAUUNAGGUUAUUUCGCAAGGCGCCAUAAGUGCACCAAUGUACUCCAUGAAAGGGCCUUCAAUGGUUCAAUCCCUUUACCCCACAGCAUUUCCACUAAAGCAUCAGCAGAAGGACAUUCGGCUGGCUCUAGGGUUAGCCGAGUCAGUUUGUCAGCCAAUACCGAUUGCUGCUGCUGCAAAUGAGCUGUAUAAAGUUGCGAAAUUGCGCGGAUUAAGUGACGAGGACUUCUCGGCGGUUAUUGAAGCACUGAAAGGGAAACUGGAAAAAUAGUUCAGAUGGUUGGCCCAACUUAUUAGUGAAGAUUUUCUUUUCAUUUGGUACUUUCUAUCUGUUGAGUCAAAUUUGUUCACCUUUUCACAUUGCUAACAGUGGUACAGAAUAUUGGGAAAAUAAUGAAAUUGAAGUUUUGUUCAAAAGCAUUCCCUUUAUUGUUCUUUUUCAACUUUUGGUAUUGAUGAUGCAAUAAUUCUCUCAACUUUGUCUUUAUUUGAGAUUCUUAUGAUGGCAUCGAGUUAUUUGAGAUUUUUAGGAUGACAUAAAAUUU